ACAUGUGGCCUAGAGCGGCGAGCGCCGUUGCUGUGUUAGCAACAACUGGGUAAUGUGGAGCUGACUUCCCAGCCGAAACAUCACAUUAAAAUACAUUUUAUUUGGCUAUACGCGUUGAUAAGCUGUACUUGAGCCAACAUGCCUCCGAAGAAACCCGCCCAGCCUGCGGGAAAUAAAAAAACUCAAGAGAAGAAAAAGGAAAAGAUAAUUGAGGACAAGACAUUUGGCUUGAAGAACAAGAAAGGGGCCAAGCAGCAGAAGUUCAUCAAGAACGUAACCCAGCAAGUCAAGAGUGUCAGACCGGGUGAUGCAGAUAAGACCAAUAAAAAGACAGACAAGAAGAAAGAAUUGGACGAACUCAAUGAGCUGUUUAAACCUGUAGUCGCCGCCCAGAAAGUCAGCAAAGGUGUUGACCCAAAGUCAGUGCUGUGCGCGUUCUUUAAGCAGGGCCAGUGUACUAAAGGUGACAAGUGCAAGUUCAGCCAUGAUUUGUCAAUGGAGAGGAAAUGUGAGAAGAGAAGCGUCUACGUGGAUGAACGAGAUGAAGAGCUGGAGAAAGACACCAUGGACAACUGGGACGAAAAGAAGUUGGAGGAGGUGGUCAACAAAAAACACGGAGAGGCUGAGAAGAAGAAAGCCAAAACACAAAUUGUGUGUAAGCACUUCCUGGACGCCAUAGAGAAUAAUAAGUACGGCUGGUUCUGGGUGUGUCCAGGAGGGGCCGAUGUCUGCAUGUACCGACAUGCCCUUCCACCUGGCUUUGUGCUGAAAAAAGACAAGAAGAAGGAGGAGAAAGAGGAUGAAAUUUCGCUGGAGGAACUCAUAGAAAACGAGCGUGCAGCUCUCGGUGCCGAUGUGACCCGGAUCACCCUGGAGACCUUCCUGGCUUGGAAGAAGAGGAAAAGGCAGGAGAAGGUGGACAAAGCGAGGGAGGAGAUGGAGAAGAAGAAGGCCGACUUUAGGGCUGGAAAAUCGCUAGUGGUGAGCGGCCGUGAGGUGUUCGAGUUCCGUCCAGAGUUGGUCGACGACGAUGAUGCUGAAGCCGAUGACACUCGAUAUGUCAGCGAUGAGGAGGAAGAUGAUAUGGAAGAGAUCAGCAGCACAGAGUUUCAGGACAUAGACUUAUCCCGUUUCGUUCCACAAGAGGUCGACAACACAGGCAUUACCGUAGCAUCUACGGACCGCUUCACCUCUAGGAAAAAGACUCAGCCAACGGAAACAGACAAUGAGGAACUGCUGAACGGAGCUUGCGGUGGCGCUGAGGCAAACGGUCUUUCGGGAGCAGAGGGAGGCGGGGAGGACGGAGGAGGGGAGGAGGACGAAGAAGAGGAGGAGGAGGAGGUUCCGGUGGAUGAGAACCUCUUCACGGGAGAAGAUCUGGAAGAGCUCGACGAGGAACUCAACACACUGGCGCUGGAGGACUGAGAGGGAAGCACGUGAGAGGGAGGGAGCGUGAGGUGGAAGUUAGGACGGACUUUGUGACAAAGGGAAGGACAGAUGGAUGCAUGGAGCUAAACAACAAAGAGACCAGAUGUUUGAAUGAUUUUAAAUUUCAGAGACUCCAGUAAUAAAGCCUGAUUAUAUCACGACAUCACUGCCUGUCUCGGCCCCCUCUGUUUUCUGUAUCGCCCCUCUCACAUCCCAACAUGUCCUCGGUUUCUUUUGUCCAUUGGGUGUCCAGAUGUCCACAGCAGGGCCAAUUAGGGUUAACCAGGGGCCAACUCCACAUGAAUGUGUCAGAACUUCCAUAUAAAGAGAAUCGGGCUGCUGUUGUUAAUGUGCACUUUUUGUUGCACAACGUUGAAACUGAAACUACUUUUGAUAAAUUAGGCUUCAAGUGCUUCUCUACCCGAUCACAGUUAAAUAUUGAAUAUAGUGAUUUGCAGAGUGAGAUAAUGUAAGGGCUUUAAAUUGAAAGCACUAUACUUUGGGGUUGUACUGUGAGAAAACACUUAUAAUAAUAAUAACAUUAUUAAUGGAUGUUUAAAAGAGUUGUUGUAAAUGGAAGUUAGACAAUGUGGGAAAUGAACAGGAGUGAUUCUGUUGUAAGAAACUGAAUCUGUUCUGCUCUCAUACCAAAAUAAAAGCUUUACUUUAGGGUUGCACUUUCAUCUUUCUGAGGAACAUUUCUUCUGAUCCAUUUCAUUUAGCUAAAGUUAAAGCCCUGUUGAAAAUGUCAUGCAACUUUUUGAAGGAAAAGUCCAGACAAGCUUGUAAACUGUUGGCCCUCUUUCUGAGACCAGAUUAUUGCUAUAAUUCAGCCCCAGCAGGGACACCAAAUGGUCCCAGUGUCAGCCCAGUAUUGUAAAUAAUAUUCUCAUGAGUUGCCUCCUGAAGAAAUAAAAGAUUACUGUACAUCCA